CACCCAUAAUGGUACCUUCAGCACACCCGGGAUCUGUUCUUUCAGAGAUCAGUCUUUUCCUCACAUCCAAAGUGAUCUGAGGUUUAAUUAUGUGACAGCUGCCACAGUCAAAUGCUCUAAUGAGAGCACAGUACCCUAAAAAAGAGAAACAAUGGUUCCACCACACCCGAGAUGCUCAGACUGUAGCUAGAACAUUGUCUUCAAACCUGAGUGCUGUAUUUUAGAGAAAGACAAUAUCACACUGUAGCGUAUCCAGUGGAGGAGGUCACCAGACCAUGGUGUGUACUAUUCAUAAACUAAGCUAGGACCUAGAGCUAUUUUCUCUGCAGAAGAGUCCUCCCAAGGGAGAGAUGUUUAACUUCAAAUAUGAGCAGGGCCAACCCCUGAGUGAUGAAAUAAAUUUGCCCACAGUUGUUCUGGGGGGCACAGAGGGUGGAGCAGGGGGUGGAGGCCGGCUUCAGUUCUGCAGAGCUGUCCAGUAGGGGCACAGGCCACUCUGGGAGAGGCCAGCUCCAACUUGGGAGAAAGGAUGCAUCAAAACUCUCAUCCAGCAGGGAAAUUCUGGAAAGGGUUCUUGCUGCCGGGUCCCCACAAGGCCAUGAUGCUGUGAUUCUGUGCAUGGGAGCAGAUCUAAGCUUCCACAUCCUCCCAGGCAGCCCUGACUGUUAUUUGUGUCUCCAACUAACUUUCCUGGGCCUGGCAAGGUCCCGGGGAUACAAAAAGUCUCCUGGGAGAGAGAGGCACUGUGACAGAUUAGAGAUGGCCCAGGGAAGGACCUGGCAGCUUUUGAUGUGAGGGAGGAGAAGCAGGAAGCUUCUCAGAGGGCAUGAUGGGGAGGGGAAGGCAGUGUGUGUGCUUAGCUGUGGACCAGCAUCCUCAGGCACAAGGUUUAGAAAGGACAGGAGAAUGUUUAGAUGAAGACACCAUUCACACUCCACACAGGAGCAGGAGAACGUGCUGCAGCGCGUCAUGCAGCUGCCUGUGGUGAGCGGCACCUGUGAGUGCUUCCAGAAGACCUACGCCAGCACCAAGGAAGCCCACCCCCUGGUGGCCUCUGUGUGCAACGCCUACGAGAAGGGCGUGCAGGGCGCCAGCAGCCUGGCCGCCUGGGGCAUGGAGCCGGUGGUCCGCAGGCUGUCCACCCAGUUCACAGCUGCCAAUGAGCUGGCCUGCCGAGGCCUGGACCACCUGGAGGAAAAGAUCCCAGCGCUGCAGUACCCUCCCGAAAGGAUUGCCUCAGAGCUGAAGGGCACCAUCUCCAGUCGCCUUCGCAGUGCCCGCAACAGCAUCAGCGUGCCCAUCGCAAGCACUUCAGACAAGGUCCUGGGGGCUACACUGGCUGGCUGCGAGCUGGCCUGGGAAGUGGCCAAGGAGACUGCAGAAUAUGCCGCCAACACCCGAGCUGGCCGGCUGGCCUCUGGGGGCGCCGAUCUUGCCCUGAGCGGCAUUGAGAAGGUGGUGGAGCUCCUCCUCCCUCCGGCCAAGGAGGGGUCAGCCCCUGCUCCUAGACACCAGAGGAUUCAGAAACCUCCCAAGGCCAAGCCGAGCCUCACGCGCAGAGUGGGGACCCUGGCCAACACCCUCUCCCAACAUGCCAUGCAGACCGCAGGCUGGGCCCUGAGGCAGGGCCACUCCCUGGCCAUGUGGAUCCCCGGAGUGGCACCCCUGAGCAGCCUGGCCCAGUGGGGUGCAUCGGCCGCCAUGCAGGUAGUGUCCCGACGGCAGAGUGAGGUACGAGUGCCCUGGCUGCACAACCUCACUGCUGCCCAGGAUGAGGAUCACGAUGACCAGACGGACACAGAGGGUGAGGAGUCAGAGGAGGAGGAGGACUCAGCGGCUGAGGAGAACACGCUCAGUGAGGUGGCGGCCCUGCCUCGCCCACAAGGCCUUCUGGGCACUGUGGUGAACACCCUGCAGAAGACACUCCAGGGCAGCAUUUCGGCUAUGAUGUGGGCACCCAAGGUUGUGAUGGGCACGGCAGGGAGGCUGCUACACCUUACAAAGGCCCCAGCUGCCUCCCCGAUCAAGGGGCGGGCUAUGUCCCUGUCGGAUGCUCUGAAGGGUGUCACUGACAAUGUGGUGGACACGGUGGUGCAUUAUGUGCCGCUCCCCAGGCUGUCGUUGAUGGAGCCCGAGAGCGAGUUCCGGGACAUCGAUAACCCACCGGCCGAAGCCCAGCGCUGGGAGGCGGAGCGCAAGGGGUCCGGGCCGCAACCCGCCAGCCCCGAGCCCGCGCCGCACCCCGCGCAGCACCGCGGAAGCCUGCGCGGCACGCGCAGCCCAGACCAGGGAGACUCCGGGGAGACUCCCGCUGCGCCGCGCCCCGGCUUCCUGGCGACGCCCCGCGAGAAGCCGGCGCGCAGGGUCAGCGACAGCUUCUUCCGGCCCAGCGUCAUGGAACCCAUCCUGGGCCGAGCGCAGUACAACCAGCUGCGCAAGAAAAGCUGAGCCGCGCGCUACCCCAGGCCAGGGCCGGCUCCCUGAGCGAGAAGCCGUGCUUCCAAGCGGCUCCUCUAGAGGGUCCCCAUGGAGCCCGAGCCGCCUGGCCACCAUGCUGCCCAGGCACACGUCAUUUCCAAAGUAUCUCUUUGGGGACCUGCCCUGCUCAGCAGCUUGCACUGAUGUUACACACCCACCCCCCACCCCCGGAUAGGAGUUAUUGCUUAGCUUGAUCGCUUAGUUUUUUAACCAAACUGUUGGCCAAAUGAUAGUUUUAGCCUUGAGCGCAGAGAUCUUGGCAACCUAGGCGCUCAACAGACCGCUUGGAAAGGCUCACCAGGUGCAAAAGCUCUUAUGCAUUUAUGUAGUGUUAAGUGUCACUUUUGAAAUACCGCUACCCUGUGCGGGCCGAACCCAGGGUUGGCACCACCUUCUGGUUGGCAGUCGCAUAUCCACUUGCAGGGUCACUUCUAAAUGCGGGUGCCCCCAAUGCUAGGAGGUGACAGUGAUGAUCUUCACCCAGUACUCUCUAUUCUCUAGAUCAUAGAUACAGACCCCAUAGCUGCUAUUCAUUCCAAGUCCUCUUUUUGGAAAUGUCAAUACUUGGUAAAUCUAGGAGAUGUAUAAACAGAAUUUAAAAAUUCAAA